UCCCGCAGGCGGCCGCGCGGCCGGGAGCUGCUGGCGGGGGUCGAGCUGCAGGCGGGUGCUGACGCCGCCGGGCGCCGGGGUGGCCCCAAGUGCCGCGCCGAGGGCCAAGGCCGGGCUCCGGGGCUGGGCUUCUGCCCCGGGUGCGCGGUUCCCGGCGCUGCGGGAACAAAUCAUUUCGCCUUCAAAUCAUCUUAGACAAAAAUAAUAUCCAACUGUGCUGCAGAGGUCAGAAGAUGUACAAUUUUUCCUUCUCUGUUGUUUGAAAGGAAUUCAAGAAAUAAAAUGGCAGAGGUUUAAGGUUAAUAUUCAGGAUGAAUGAUGAUAAUUUAGAUGAUAAAACAGAAGAUGAAUCACAUUCCUUAUUUAUCAGUGAUAAAAAUGGAAACACGUAUGCCUACAACCAAAUAUCUCCAUCUACACAAAACUUGACUAGUCAUGUGAAUUGGAGUUCUGCCAACACAGAUAACAUGGUCAUCGAUUGUGAAGUGGACCCUGCUAUAGACAGUGAUGAAAAUGUUUCUUUAAACGCUCAUUGUGUUGGAGGACAGGAUCACCAGAAGUCUUCAAGUGAUUUCAUGACUGAGCAGAUGUUAGAGAUUCAUAAAGACCCCGCAUGUCAGUCUUCUGCAUUUGUAGAUAAGGAAGAGCCUGAGUAUCUGCACAGCAAUUGUCAUUCCCUGGAUGCAGCUCAGGACCAGAAUGCUGAGCCCUCUCUGCCUUUUGUGUGGAAGCCUAAUGCUGAUUUGAACUGUAGAGACUCUUCUACCUUGGAGUUAAACCAGACUUUUGACCUGAAAGUGGACACAGUUAACUGCGCCUUUAUAACACAUCAUGUUUUUGAAAGCAGUCAGUCUUUGCAUGCUUGUGGUAAUCUACAGCCAAUGAGCAUGAGAAGUGAAAAGACAUCUUCUUUACCCUGUUCCACUUGGACAUCAUCCGAUUCUGAUAAGAUGCAUGUGAGAGGAAUUAGUUAUAAUAGACAGAACUUUGAAAAUCCUCAAGCCACAGCACCAGAGGCACACAACACAACAUAUGCAGCAUUUUCUGAUGAUGUGAUGCAUACUGAUGUUGGUCUAGAUACUGAAAAUCAAUGUCAAUAUUCUUCAGGAAAGGUCACCAGUGAGUACACAGAUGGGUCACAACAAAGACUAGUUGGAGAAAAAGAGAUACAAGCUCUAACAUCAGUUUCGGAUGGCAUGGAAGUGCCCAGUGGGUCUGUAUUACAAGAGCUCUAUUGUUUAUCUAAAGAUGAACCAAAUAGUGAAACACAUUCACAGAGCUCAUACGGUCAAAAGGAAACGGGCCAAAAUAUAAGAGAGACAGUGCCUGAUUGUCUUAUCGAUGAUGAAUGCUCUUUAGUGGUGCCAGAUUUUGAAAAAAGUGAAGCCAAAGUGCUGGACUCAGCGCAUGAAGUCACUGUGACCGAAGACCCCAAAAUUGUUUCUAAUGAGAAGGAUUUGGAAACCCAAAAUAGUACUAUAGAACUGACACAAAAUUGCUUACCAGGACAAAAGACAGUUGCAUUAUUUGAAAUGUCUUGGGAUACAAAUGAAAUGGUUAUUAACGCAAAUAACACAGCUUGCAUGUCAACACCGAUCAUAGAACCCAGAGGUUUAAGCUUUACUUUUUCACCCAUCAAAUUGAUGAAGAGCUGUAACAAAGCAGAGAAGAGUAACCGAGAGCCUAAAAAUGUACUCAACUUGAAGGGGACAGCUAUGAGCUUAGCUAAGCCUAGUCUAGGAAAAUCAGCAAGUAAAACAAAUACCCCUAUAGGCAGCAAGUUUAGAAAAACUGAAAUUAUAAGUUACCCAAGACCAAACUUCAAGAAUGUCAAAGCGAAAGUUAUGUCCAGACCAGUGUUGCCCUCCAAAGAGCCUGCUUUAUCUAAGGUCACACCCAAGCCUCAGCUGACCACGACUGCUUCAUCCCCCUCAGCAGUGUCUUCCUCAAGGCACUUGACAGUUUUGAGCAAAACACCAAGAUCUGACUUGAAUGCAGACACGAAAGCAGAAAUCUUAAUUAACAAGGCACACAAGCAGCAGUUUAAUAAACUCAUUACUGGCCAGGCUGUGCAUGUUACAACUCAUUCUAAAAAUGCUUCACACAGGGUUCCAAGAACAACAUCUGCCGUGAAAUCGAAUCAGGAAGAUGUUGACAAAACAAGUUCUUCUCAUCCUGUAUGUGAGACCGAGUCUGUAGCUGCAUUUUUUCAAAAGAUCAAAGGCGUACUCCCUGUUAAAAUGGAAAGUGCAGAAUGUUUGGGAAUGACAUACGCUCCUCACUUCGAUAGGAACUCCCCUGAAAGGAAGGAUGAAAAGGAAAACGAGAUGCCCACUGAAAAGCAAGAGCUGAAAAAGGAUGUUAUGAAUGAGACCUUUGAAUAUGGUUCUCUGUUUCUGGAUUCUGCUUCAAAAACUACUACUGCCUCAGGAAGGAAUACAUCCAAGCCUGACUCUUGCAGUUUGCGGAAAACAGCAUGUCCAAAAGCCAAAGUGGGGCCUAUUGUUUCCUGUCUCAGGCGGAACAGCGACAGUAGAAACCUCAAUUCUGAUCGGGCCUUAUCUCCUCAGCGGAUAAGGCGUGUGUCUAGCAUUGGAAAAGCUGCAUCCUUGAAAAGUGUACAGCCCUCUUGGGUGAAUUUGCCUCGAUCACUUCCUAAAUCCAAAGCUUCUUUGAAAAGUCCUGCACUCCAGAGAACAGGCAGCACCCCGUCAGUCGGCAGCACCCACAGUGACCCAAGCACCUACAGCAGUAACUCUGGUAAUGCUGCUGUUAUCAAAUAUGAGGAGAAUCCCUCAAAACCAGCAUUUCAGAAUGGCUCAGGAUCCUUAUGUGUGAAGACUUUGGUACCCAGAGCUCAUGUACAUUUGCUAAAACCUCCUCCAAAAGGUCCUUCAAGGAAAAGUAUAUUUACAUCUUUCAAUGCAGUUGAAAGGGGCAGGCAAAAGAAUCCCAGAAGUCUAUGCAUCCAGACACAGACAUCUCCAGAUGUGCUGUCCUCUGAGAAAGCACUUGAAUUGGCUCAGUAUAAAACGAAAUGUGAAAGCCAAAGUGGAUUUAUCCUGCAGCUCAAGCAGCUUCUGUCCCGAGGCAAUAUCAAGCUUGAAGCAUUGACAGUUGUGAUCCAGCACCUGCUGUGUGAGCGGGAAGAAACGCUGAAACAACACAAAACCCUAUCUCAAGAACUUGUGAACCUCCGGGGAGAGCUAGUUGCUGCUUCAACCACUUGUGAGAAAUUAGAAAAAGCCAGGAAUGAGUUGCAAACAGCCUAUGAAGCAUUUGUCCAGAAGUUAAACCAGCAGCACCAGACAGAUCGAACAGAGCUGGAGAGUCGGCUGAAGGAAUUUUAUACCGGAGAGUGUGAAAAGCUUCAGAACAUUUACAUUGAAGAAGCAGAGAAGUAUAAAGCUCAACUGCAAGAGCAGUUUGACAACUUAAAUGCUGCCCAAGAAACUUCUAAGUUGGAAAUGGAAGCUAGCCACUCGGAAAAAAUAGAAUUGCUAAAGCAAGCCUAUGAAACUUCUCUUUCAGAAAUCAAGAAAAGCCAUGAAAUGGAAAAGAAGUCACUUGAGAAUUUACUUUGUGAGAAGCAGGAAUCAUUAGAGAAACAAAUCAGUGAGCUGAAGAGUGAAAAUGAUACUUUAAAUGAAAAGCUGAAAACCGAAGAACAAAAAAAGAUAUCAAGAGAGAAGGCAAAUUUAAAAAAUCCUCAGAUCAUGUAUCUGGAGCAAGAACUAGAAAGCCUGAAAGCCGUGUUGGAGAUCAAGAAUGAGAAACUGCACCAACAGGAUGUCAAGUUAAUGAAAAUGGAAAAACUGGUGGACAACAACACAGCGCUGGUUGACAAACUGAAGCGAUUCCAGCAGGAGAACGAGGAAUUAAAAGCUCGGAUGGAUAAGCACAUGGCAAUUUCAAGGCAACUUUCCACAGAGCAGGCUGUGCUGCAGGAGUCGCUGGAGAAGGAGUCAAAAGUCAACAAGCGACUCUCCAUGGAGAACGAGGAACUACUGUGGAAGCUGCACAACGGGGACUUGUGCAGCCCCAAGAGAUCGCCCACAUCCUCAGCCAUUCCCUUUCAGUCACCAAGGAAUUCAGGCUCCUUCCCCAGCCCUAGCGUUUCACCCAGAUGACGCUUCCUGGGAGCACGAGACUCAAGGGCAGUUGGAUGCGGGGCUGCAGGACCGACCCUGAUAUAACUAUCAUGGGAGCAGGAGCUACAUUAGCUCAUGUGGAAUUUCUGCAAGAUAACUGGAAAGCAGCGACCACCAAAAUUGGCUACUUAGGAGACUGGAACUCUGGAGGAAGACUUUUGACUUGGUCCAAAAGAUACCUCCAAAAAAGAUUUCAGAAUCAACAUGGAACUUGUUGCACAAAGCACUUAAGGAACGAGAGAAUCUUGUUCAUUGCCUUUUUCACCUAAGCUUAAGGGGAAAAACUCUCAGGGCCCUAUUAAGAUAAAGAUUUAUAACUUUAUAACAUUACAUCACAGACACCUUCUUGUGAUUUUUAUUUGGUCCGACUAUGGGUGGGGUAUAUGAAUGAAAUGGAUGUGAGAGAG